CUGGACACCAUGAACACCACGGGGGUCAAGGGCGUCAACGGGUCAGAGCGGUGCCCCAGGGACACGCGGAUAGCACAGCUGGUGUUCCCGGCCGUCUACACGGUUGUGUUCUUCACCGGCAUCCUGUUGAACACUCUGGCGCUGUGGGUGUUCCUGCACAUCCCCAGCUCCUCCACCUUCAUUGUCUACCUCAAAAACACCUUGGUGGCUGACCUGGUAAUGACGCUCAUGCUUCCAUUUAAAAUCCUCUCUGACUCCCACCUUGGACCCUGGCAACUCAGAGCCUUCGUGUGUCGUUUCUCGGCUGUCAUCUUCUACGAGACCAUGUACGUGGGCAUCAUACUGCUAGGCUUCAUCGCCUUUGACAGAUUCCUCAAGAUCAUCAGGCCUUUUGGGAAAUUUUUUGUACAAAAACCGGUUUUUGCAAAAAUGGCCUCGGCCCUUGUCUGGCUCCUUUUGUUCCUCAUCUCUCUGCCAAACAUCAUCUUGAGCAACAAGGAAGCGACGCCCUCAUCUGUGAAAAAGUGUGCCUCCUUGAAGGGUCCCCUGGGGCUGAAAUGGCAUGGAGUGGUGAACUAUAUAUGCCAGUUCAUUUUCUGGACUGUCUUCAUUCUAAUGUUUCUGUUUUACGUAGUGAUUGCAAAAAAGGUAUACGACUCUUAUAGAAAGACCAGAAGUAAGGACCGCAAACACAACACAAAGCUGGAAGGUAAAGUAUUUGUUGUCGUGGCUGUAUUCUUUGUGUGUUUCGCUCCGUUUCAUUUUGCCAGAGUUCCAUAUACUCACAGUCAAACCAACAGUAAGACUGAAUGCAGGUUGCAAAACCUACUGUUUCUAGUCAAAGAAACAACUCUCUUUUUGGCAGCAACUAACAUUUGCAUGGACCCCUUAAUAUACAUAUUCUUAUGUAAAAAAUUCACAGAAAGGCUACCGUGUCUGAGAGGGAGAAUAACCACAGCAUCAUCCCAAGAAAAUCAUACUAUUCAGACAGACAAUAUGACUCUAAGUUGAUGAGAAUUUUAGCAUGGGUACCUUCUAUGGAAGGGUUAAGACUUCAAAAGAUAAUUAAGCUUGGAAAUCAAGUUUAAACAAUGAGAGAAAAAUGGAUGGGACAAAUGCUUUCUUCCAUUUUAUUCCCCUGGUUUAUAGAAAGGAUUAUAUGAUAAAUUUGAAUUCCCUGAUUUGAAUAAAUCAGUCACAUAGACUGAUUGAUUUACGAGCAGAAUGAAGCAUUAGUCAGAGAAUCCAGCUGAAUGCAAGUGGCCACAAGAGGGCAUCUUUUAGAGAACAUUCACUUAAGAUUUCGCAAGACAUUAUAGAUAAAUGUGAAUUACUAGGACCCUCCCUUGCAAAACACCCUCUUCCCAUUCUUUCACAUACAUAAUUCAAACAACACUACCGCUUUCGUGUCCGGCAACAGUUAAUACUUGCUGUUUAAAAGCAAAACAAAAAAUCUCAAAAAUCCAUUGAUAUGAAAGCUGAGGCUCAUGGCUGAAAGGGAUGGAGAUAUGAAGCAUCUGAGGAGUUGAAAUAGGCCAUAAACCCUGAGAAAGCCUGGAUGAAGGAGUUUCUCCCUGUACAGAGCCUCUUCCAGACUCAAGACCACUGAAAUGACUUCAGUACUCCAUACGAGGCAUGAGACCAUUAUUAAGCCACGUAAGAUGUCACACUGUAGUCCUUUGCAAAGGUCUUAAGUGUGUACAAUUUAAAGGCAAGAACCCAGAACUGAUCUUUGGAAUUCUCCCUCUACCCGGCAAAUACUCUAAUGGUGGUUGAACGUGCCACCUCCUCAGCAAGGCCUUCCGAGAACACAACCUCUGUUCUCUCUGAAAAUAACUACUUCUCCCACUGUUUGGGUGUGUGCUGGGGCCCUCGUGGCAGACGUCCCUUCGCUAGUCUGCAAUCUUCCUGACCCCAUUCCCAAAAGAUGGUGAGGAUUCUUUAAGAAAGAGAACAUUUUUUAAGGAUGGAAAACAGGUCAUGUUUUCUUGGUACCUCCCACAUUACUCCCUGCAGACCAUCAAUUGCAAAUGUUUGAAAUAGAAUAUGUCAUUGUUGUGUCAUUCUUGGAACAUUUAGAGAGGGAACUGCUGACACAAGAUCAAUAGCAUCCAUCCUAGGGAAAUUCUGCAAAGGACUGGUAACCUGUGCGUACUUACCUCCCUCCACAUUUCUUCCUGAAUCCCUCUGUGCUUAAAAAACAAACAAAAAAAAAACACACACACAACUAAAAUGUGGCUCUCUAGGAUUGUGGACACAGAUUUAGAUCUUCUAGAGAAAAUGUAGAAAGUAAUAGUCAUGAUCGGUAAAUGUGCCUCUGGCUGCAACAUGAUCACUAUAAGGUGAAACCCAGGCUUCUUACGUUCUCAAAGGCCCUGAAGGCCCUGGAACUUGCCCACCUUUUUGACCUUGUCUCCUAACUGCUCUUCCAUUCCUGGAACGUUCCACUCUUAAGUACAUUUGUAACUGUCAGAACAUGCCUUGCUCCUUUGUGCUCCGGUGCCACUCACUGCACACAUUAAUUUCCUCCUGACCCACGAGCAAAACUCUUACCCAUCCAUGAAACCCUAAGGUGCCAUCACUUGGUCUAUGAAAUCUCAACUGGCCGAUCUCCCACCACCAUGUCAAGCCCCAUCACCCCCUCAUCAGUCUGUCGCCACCCCUCAAUUAUUGUAUUUACAUUGCUUUGUAAUUACUUGCCCACACAUGUAUCUACACUUUUGAUAAUUUAUGUAUAUUUUUGAGAGCAGAGAUUGUCUCGUUGUGCAAUCAAUAAAUAUUUGGUAAAAUAA